CGACCAACGAAUUAAUCCAAACAGAGAAUGAGCAACACCGUGGACAAUGCAGCGCGAAGACCACUACGGCUCCUCGCUCUUGAUGGCGGCGGUGUGCGCGGCCUGUCCGAGCUUCUAAUCCUUCAAGAGGUCAUGAGAAGGAUCCAACACGCAAAGAAGCUAGACGAAGAACCUCUCCCGUGCGAAUACUUCGACCUCAUCGGUGGCACAAGUACUGGAGGCCUCAUUGCCCUUCUUCUAGGGCGACUAAAGCUUUCGGCGGAAAGCGCCAAGAAUGCGUACCUCGAGCUCGCGGGCACUGUCUUCUCAAAAAAGCAAUGGAAAUUGAUAGAUGGUGGUGCAUUCAAGGCCUCAAGUCUUAAAGAAGCUAUUCGGCAGGAGGUUGAGCAAGCUCUUGGGCAAGGCUCAAAGGACGCUCGGAUGAUAGAUCCAGAAGACAAAGAUCCGAAUUGCAAAGCCUUCGUUUGCGCGGUCGCAGCGGCAGACACUGCGGCCGCAGUCGGACCAACACUAUUCCGAACCUACCGGGUCGCUCGAAACCGUAGCGACGAUUGCAUGAUAUGGGAGGCGGGUCGUGCAACUAGCGCCGCACCCACAUUCUUUAAGCACAUAAAAAUUGGCAGCAAAGGUGCUGAGGUAGCUUAUCUAGACGCCGGUCUAGGGUACAACAAUCCCACCAAUCAAGUUUUGAAAGAAGCUUGGGAUAUCUUCGGAGAAAGGCAACUCGGCUGUAUUGUCAGUCUCGGGACUGGAGAAACUGAUGCUCAAGAUUACAGUGAGCCGGGCUGGAUUGAGAAGGUUGUGCCUGUGAAAUUGGUCGAGAGCUUGAAAAAGAUUGCUACAGAUACAGCUCAGGUUGCAGAGGAAUGCGAGAGAAAGUUCCAAGGUCACCCUAAUGUCUACUUUCGGCUAAACGUUCGCCGUGCCAUCGGUCGCAUGGCUCUUGAUGAGUGGAAAAAGCUGGCAAAUAUCUCUGUUCUCACAGGAAACUACUUGAAAGAAGAGGUGGUCAGCCGCGACGUUGAUCGAUUGGUCCAAGUCCUUAUUGGAGAGACUCCGGAGUCCCCGGUUUCUUUGGAAGCUGCUGUCUCGAAAAAAGUUCUUUGUAAAGUGCCAUUUGAACGGAAUCCCCGCUUCACGGGCCGCGAAGUCCAGCUUGCUCAGCUAGAAAAACUGCUGUGCGCACAAGGUCGCUCCAAAGACCAUACCGCAAAGGUAGCCAUCAUCGGACUUGGUGGUGUGGGGAAGACGCAGCUUGUGCUUGAGUUACUCUUCCGAACUAAGAGCAGGCACCCCGACUGCUCCAUUAUUUGGAUACCGGCAACUAACAAGGAAAGCCUCUAUCAAGCAUACCUUGACGUUGCACGGGAGCUCGGAGUGCCUGGCUGGGAAGAGGUGAAGGCGGAUGUGAAGAAACUGGUGCAAAGCUAUCUAAGCAAAGAAAGCGCAGGCCAGUGGCUACUUGUGUUUGACAACGCCGAUGACAUGGAUAUGUGGAUCGCCAAGCCCGGACCUGAGCAGGGAUCGAGCGGUCUGAUCAACUACCUCCCAAAGAGCAAGCAAGGGUGCAUCGUCUAUACAACGCGCGAUAGAAAGGUGGCGGUCGAGCUCGUCGCCCAGCAGAGUAUCGUAGAAGUGCCCGAGAUGGACGAAGAAAUGGCUACGCAGCUGCUACGGAAAUCCCUAGUUAAUUCGAAUCUCCUUAACAACAAGCAGGAUACCCAAGCUUUACUUAUAGAGCUUACACAUCUCCCGUUAGCUAUCGUUCAGGCGGCGGCAUACAUCAACAAGAACGGGAUACUCUUAGCGGCGUACCUUUCGCUUCUGAAAGAGCAAGAGAAGGAUGUCAUCGAGCUACUAAGCGAGGAAUUUGAGGAUGAUGGGAGAUAUCGCAAUAUUAAGAACCCAGUGGCUACGACGUGGCUAAUCUCAUUCGCCCAGAUCCGGCAGCGUGAUCCUCUGGCAGCAGACUACCUGUCGUUCAUGUCCUGUGUGGAUCCAAGGAAAAUUCCGCAGUCUCUUCUUCCGCCCGGGCUAUCGCCGAAGAAGGAGAUUGAUGCGAUUGGAACGCUCAGCGCUUAUUCUUUUGUUAGUAAACGGCCAGACGGAGCUCUCGACCUCCAUCGGCUGGUCCAUUUGGCAACGCGCAACUGGCUUCGAAAGGAAGGCCAGCUUACUCAGUCAACGGUGAGAGUAAUCGAACGAUUUGAGGAGAUAUUCCCAAACAACAACUACAAAAACAGGAGCAUCUGGACAGUAUACGUGCCACACGUACGAUAUGCACUUGAAUCCGAUCUCGUCGAUAGAGAUUGGAAGAAGAGGAUGGAUCUCAUGUGGAGAUAUGGUAUGUGCCUCUACGAAGACGGACGAUGGAAUGAAGCCGAGGUUCCAAUUAGUCAAGUUCUUGAGACGAGUUCGAGGGUGCUUGGCGAGGAGCAUCCAGACACGCUAACCAGCAUGGCCAACCUGGCGUCGACGUACAGGAAUCAAGGGCGGUGGAAGGAGGCCGAAGAGCUGUUUGUGCAAGUGAUGGAGACGAGAAUAAGAGUGCUUGGGGACGAGCAUCCUUCCACACUGACCAGCAUGGCCAACCUGGCGUCGACGUACAGGAAUCAAGGGCGGUGGAAGGAGGCCGAAGAGCUGGACGUACAAGUGAUGGAGACGAGUUCAAGGGUGCUUGGCGAGGAGCAUCCAGACACGCUGACCAGCAUAGCCAACCUGGCGUCGACGUUUUGGAAUCAAGGGCGGUGGAAGGAGGCCGAAGAGCUGGACGUACAAGUGAUGGAGACGAGUUCAAGGGUGCUUGGCGAGGAGCAUCCAGACACGCUGACCAGCAUAGCCAACCUGGCGUCGACGUUUUGGAAUCAAGGGCGGUGGAAGGAGGCCGAAGAGCUGGACGUGCAAGUGAUGGAGACAAGUUCGAGGGUGCUUGGCGAGGAGCAUCCUUCCACGCUGACCAGCAUGAACAAUCUUGCAUUCACGUUAAAGGGCCAAUGUAGCAACGCGGACGCUAUUUCACUUAUGGAAAAAUGCUUCCAACUACGCAAACAAGUCCUAGGUCCUCAUCAUCCACACACAACAUCAUCACUAGAAACUAUGAACAGGUGGCGGCUGGAGAACAUGGAGAUUGGCAUUUGACAGAACUUCAUCCGUCGUGCGCUUAUAACCAUGCUAGAUGUUGCCUAGAAGAAACCAUUUUCUGUACAGAGCUAGGAGGGCAUUUUCCUUUUUCAAAAUUGGUAUUAAAGCAGCAGACAGAAGGUAGUGCAAAUGCGAAGGGGUCCACGUGCGGAGCACGCUUAUGAAUGAUAUU